AUGCGCUUCUUCCUUUUGUCUAUCAUUCUCGCUGCUGCGCCAUUCGCCGCAGCCGGGCCGGAGCCGAUUCAGCCCUUCCAAGGCGAAGCCAGUCCUCAUCAGUUACAUGUUCGCAAUGUUCUUCUAGACACAAGAGGAAGUCUUGCUUCAUGCUGCUCAACUAAGUUUGUACCUCCCUGCGACUGUAACAAUUGCCCCGUUGGUCAAUGUACUUCCGGAGGAAAGGGCUGUGCCUGUUAA